AUGACGGAGGUUCAAUUACAGGAAUUUAAGCUCGAACCUGAUUCAGAGCUUCGUUUUGAGGUUGAAUCUAAGAACGAGAAAGUGGUGCUCGAGGUUAAGAGCGGUUAUGCUGAGCUAUUCGGCACAGAACUGGUUAAGGGGAAACCAUACGAAUUCCACACAGGUGCCAAGGUAGCAGUGUUCACGUGGCAUGGCUGCACUGUUGAACUUAGAGGUAGAACCGAAGUUAGCUAUGUGGCUAAAGAAACACCAAUGGUAAUCUACUUGAAUGUACAUGCAGCAUUAGAGCAACAGCGAGUUGCUGCUGAACAGGAAAACACAAGGGGACCAGUGACCAUGAUUGUAGGUCCCACCGAUGUAGGGAAAUCAACUCUUACUCGCUUGCUACUUAACUAUGCAGUGAGGAUGGGAAGGAGACCUAUAUAUGUUGACUUGGAUGUUGGUCAGGGUCACAUCAGUGUUCCAGGAACAAUUGGGGCUCUGCUUGUGGAGCGUCCAGCAUCUAUUGAGGAAGGAUUUAGCCAGCAAGCUCCACUAGUGUAUCAUUUUGGCCACAAAUCACCCGAGGAAAAUAUCGAGCUAUAUAAUACAAUUGUCUCCAGACUAGCAGAAGUCAUUGCUGAGAGAUGUGAGAAUAAUAAAAAAGCAUCAACAUCUGGGGUUAUCAUCAAUACAUGUGGUUGGAUCAAAGGUGCUGGUUAUAAAGUCCUCACGCAUGCUGCACAGGCCUUUGAAGUAGAUGUUAUACUAGUUUUAGAUAAUGAGAGGCUAUACAAUGAGCUGAAAAGGGACAUGCCCAAGUUUGUCAAAGUUGUGUAUUUACCGAAGAGUGGAGGGGUGGCCGAGCGUUCAGGGGCGCAAAGGGCGGAGGGGCGCGACGCUCGCAUCCGCGAAUACUUCUACGGGCGCCGCACACCCUACUACCCGCACUCGUUCGACGUCAAGUUCUCAGACCUCAAGAUCUACAAGGUGGGCGCGCCGUCGCUGCCCGACUCGUGCAUGCCGCUGGGCAUGCGCGCGGAGGAGGCGCUCACCAAGCUGGUGGGCGUGGCGGCGGGGCCGGCGCUGCAGCACCGGCUGCUCGCCGUCUCCUUCGCGGCGGAGCCCGACGACCAGGUGCCGCACUGCAACCUGGCCGGCUUCGUCUGCGUGACGGCUGUGGACACUGAGCGACAGACCAUGACGAUCCUGUCGCCUCAACCCCGACCACUGCCCACUACGGUGCUGCUCCUCUCCGAGUUGCAGUAUAUGGAUAAUCAU